AUGUGGCAGUUGCUCCCCGUAAUCUGGUUGUUGACUCUAGCACUCAUCGUCUCACCCACGAUCAGUGUUCGAACAGCUCCUCCCGACUAUGGCGGGUUGACAUCGAAACUCUACGACUGGGGAAUGCGCGGGCUCGUUCCCAGACAGACAUAUCAUUCGUUCAGGUUGAAAGCUCCUCAGCUGAACUAUGCGCAAUGGGACGAACGAUGCGACGAUGGAUACAGCUUGAUAUCGCCGCGAGGACAUCACGUGCCUCAUCCAGGACCGAUCAUCAUGGACUCUGGGGGUGAAUUGGUAUGGAUGGAGGACAAAUACGGGCAGGCGAUGGACUUUAAGGUCCAGCAGUACCGCGGUCGGGAUUAUUUAACCUUCUGGACCGGGACGGACAGCGGCACCUUUGGAACUGGCUCAUAUGUCAUGCUCGACUCAAACUACAAGCUAUACAAGAGGGUGUCUCCCGCUCACGGUCGGAGUGGAGACCUACACGAGUUCAAAAUCACGGAAAAUGGGACAGCGUUGAUGACCAUCUACGAACCCACCCCAGCAGAUCUUUCGUCCUUCGGCAUUGUAUCGCAAGGCUGGAUCUACGACAGCUUGUUCCAAGAAAUCGACCUCGAGACAGGCGAGUUGAUCUUUGAAUGGCGUGCGUCUGAGCAUUAUCGAAUCGACGAGACUUUCCACUCCAUCGAAGCCGAAACGCGCCGACCAGACUCAUCAGGGAACCGGGUUGCCUCGAUUGGUACCCGGCGCGAUGCGGCGUGGGAUUUCUUCCACAUCAACAGUGUUGAUCAAGAUGAUCGUGGGAACUAUUACGUCUCCUCUCGCUACAUGCAUACCGUCACAUGCAUCAGCCCUACAGGCGACAUCCGCUGGAUCCUGGGCGGCAAGCGGAAUCAGUUCACCGACCUGUCGGAUGGAGCAGCGACGAGCUUCUCUUUCCAGCACCACGCCACCAUGCAUGAAAACAACACCCUGACGAUCUUCGACAACGGCAAAUAUGACGCCAACUCGAAGAAUGCCAAGUACAGCCGUGGACUCAUCAUUACGCUGGAUACCGAAAACAUGACGGCGACUCUUGUACAGGACUUUGUGCAUCCGGAUCAUCUGCUGGUCGGUAGCCAGGGUUCCAUACAACUGCUCCCAGAUUCAGGCCACGCAUUGGUGGGCUGGGGUUACGCGCCGGCGUACACGGAAUUUGACGCCGACGGAACAGUGCUGUGCGACGUGCACAUCGCCCCGAAAAUCGUAUUCGGGUUUGGAUGGGUGAAGAACUACCGAACGUUUCGCAGUUCCUCUUGGACCGGCAAGCCGACGACGUCUCCCGACGUGUUUCUCCGACCACGGGAUGAAGUUCUCUACGUCAGCUGGAACGGUGCCACCGAGGUCGACCGUUGGCUUCUGCAGGGACGAGAAACGGUGAAGUCGGCCGAUAGCGACAGCGACAGCGACGAUGAAGGCGAGCUUUUCGUCGACCUCUCCUCCACCAAGAAGCAAGGGUUUGAAUCUUCCGUCGACAUUGACAGUGACAUGCCGACCUACAUUCGCGUCGUGGCGGUGGAUCGCAACGGCAAUGUUCUGGGAUAUAGUCAAGUCCUGAAUCGAGAUGUGGGGAAUGCGCCCCGGGAGAUUCCGCUAUUUGCGAUUCUGGCUGCCGUCUUGUCGUGUUUCGGCUUUGUCAUUUGGAGGACGGGAAAUCCGAUCUCACGUGUGCACGGGAUGAGGAAGGCGGUGGUGCAGUUAUAUCGACGUACGUCGGUGACCGACUACCUCAGUCUUAAGGAGGCUUUGAGGGUUCAGGAUGAUGACCCGGAGGAAGAUGGGGAUGAACGAGAUCUCGAAGGACAGCUGGGAUACAGUGAUGAUAUGUCGUUGCGGAAUGUGUCGAGGCGUUUGUUGGCAGCAGACACAGAUCAUGGUACUAGCCAUGGCCCAACAUCAGCAUCAGACUGA